AUGCUACCACGCACCGUUUCAGAUGAUUUGAAAGCUCAAAUCCCUGUUCUAUAUCGACGUGGGUACUCCAUCAAGUAUAUCUGCCAUCUACUUGGAGUCAAAAAGACUCUUGUAUACAAAGUUUUACAGCUCUUUCCCUCGCAGCAUAUCCAUAGCAAGAAUACAGGCCGGCAUCACAUUCUCACCAUUGAUGAUAUCACUUUCAUCACUGCCAUCCUUUGUCACCAUCCUACAAUGUAUCUCGACGAAUUACAGCAUGAAUUACACUCUCACUGCAGUGUGUUUGUGUCUGUGCAAACACUUCUUCGCACAUUUUGGCGGCUACAUCUCAAUUGCAAACACAUCUCCACUUAUGCUCUUGAACGGAACGAGGAAAAAUGUGCUAUUUUUAUGAAUAGUAUUGCUGAAAUUGUGCCCGACCCUGAAAUGCUGAUGUUCGGUGACGAGGCUGCGAAAGAUGAGAGAACCCUCAUUCAAUGCUAUGGCAGGUCGAGAAUUGGUACAAGGUAUGUCAAAUUUUGCUUUGAUUGA